CAGGUGCAGAUCUACACUGUGGAGCAGAGCAUUCACACUGAAGCAUCAUGCAGGAGAACAACAUUGACCAGCCCACCUCAUUAUCGCAGCUUUUACGGGAGAAUUACCUGGCUGAAGCAAGAGCCCAUCACAGACAUGGCGAGUCCAUCUGCUUCGACUUGCCACGACGCCUGGUGUACGGGACUCUCAAAGAGAAAGCCAAUGAUUGUGGUGGGAAAGUUGAACCUCAGUUCCCAGAUCUAUCUGCUUUCCUGAGCCAAGAAGAACUGGACAAGAGCGUUGAUCUGGCAUGCAAAGCCAUCAGCGAUGAGCCAAGAGGACGUGAGGAGAGACCUAAUGGACCCCCGCAUGUAAACCAUUAUGAUGUUCCUUCCAACCAGCCCACUCCUGAGACUGAGAUCAUGUCAGAAAGACCAUCAAUUCAGCCUUCCAUCCAAGACAACAUGAUGAGGAACAUCAGAACUCCCAAGGAACCUCCACCAGACUUCAAAAGGCCUUUAAGAAACACUCCAUGUGGCAUGGAGAACCAAUCCAAGAAGGAGUUCCUCAACAAAGCAGCUGACUUCAUAGAGGAGCUUUCUUCGCUCUUUAAGGCCAACAGUUCCAAGAGAAUUCGGCCUCGUUCUUGCAAAGCCCAUCGGAGUAGAUGCCAGAACAAAGGCCAACUUGAUGGCACCCCGUUCACCAUUAAUACAGAAGAUAGAGAAAUGCAAAUUCUCAUUAGCCAACAGUCGGAGGAGCCAACAGAGUUUCAACAAUUGGAGGAACCAAUAGAGUUUCAAAAACAGAACAAUAGAGUCAUAGAGGAGCCUUAUAACACAGAGGGGCAACAGGAACCAGAGCCGCAGUAUGAGAUACAGUGUGAGGCCCCAGUUCUGAUAGAGCCAGAGAGCUCUGAGGAACCCCUAUGUGAACCACCACACUUUAUACAGAAACUCAAAAGCAGGGAGGUUCCGGAAGGGAGUAAAGUCCAGUUGGAUUGCAUUGUCAGAGGAAUUCCUGCACCUGAAGUUCGGUGGUUUUGUGAGGGUAAAGAGCUUGAGAACAGUCCUGAUAUUCAGAUUAUCAGUAACGGCGAGCGGCACUCUCUGAUCAUUACCGAGGCGUUUGAAGAAGACACAGGCAGAUAUUCGUGCUUUGCCUCCAACUUUUACGGCACAGACUCCACGUCAGCAGAAAUCUACAUUGAGGGGGCCUCUUCAUCGGAUUCCGACGGGGAACAACAACAUCUAGCACAACUUCAUGAAAGAUCUUCUCAACCCAGGCCUCCAGCUACUCCAGCUGUCUCAGUAGUGCCUAACACGUCAAUUGAAAACUCCUCAACAACCGUACCAUCCUCCUGCCCUGAGCAGACAUCACCUUUAGCAGUCACUGAAGCGGCAUCACCUGCCCAGCUGACAUUUGACCCACCUUCUAAGCAAGUAGACCUAGAACUUUUGGGUUUUGAAGUAAUCAACUCUGAAAUUCCUGAGCUAGAACCAACCAUACCUGUUUUAGUAUCACCAAUACCAAUAUCUCAGGUGGAGCCCACUCCACCCUCUACAUCCCUGACCGUAGCUCUGCCAUCCCCUCCUUUAAGCCAAAGUAUAUCAAAUAUACUGGCAACAUCUCAGCAGAGCAUUACUGAGAAUCAAAAUGGCAGCAGUUGUUAUCUUCAGAACUUCGAUGUAAGACCCAUCAUGGCAGCUCCUGUUUUUACUAAGAACUUACAGGAUCUCCUGGCUCUUGAGGGUGAGCUGGUAGUGCUGGAGUGUCGAGUAAAAGGUAUUCCCUCCCCAAAAGUAGACUGGUACAGGGAGGGAACAUUGAUUGAAGAUUCUCCAGACUUCAGGAUCCUCCAAAAGAAACCCAGAUCCCUGACUGAAUCAGAGGAGAUAUGCACUUUGGUUAUUGCAGAGGUCUUUCCAGAGGAUUCUGGAACAUUUACUUGCACAGCCAGCAAUAAAUAUGGCACAGUCUCUAGUAUCACAGUGCUCCAGGUGAAAGGACAUAAUCAAAACAGCACUAACUCCAAAACAACAAGCACCUUAACACUGGGAUACACCCAUGAGAAGGUUCCAGCAACUGACCUAAUUACAACGUCUUCCAAACUCAAGCCAGAUGUUCCUUUGGUGAACAACAAGCUUCACUCGAGUAUGCUUUGUCUUGACCCUUUGAGCUAUGGCUCUAUGCAGUCAGACCCUUUGGACGCAGGAACGCAUCGCCUGGAUUCCAUCAAAUCUAGUAUGCUUCGCCAUGAUCUCACCACUAGCCUACCAAGUCUAAACCCUGUGAGCAUUGGAAAAUAUCACUCAGAUACUUUCAGGUCUAGCUUACCUCAGCUAGACCCCCUCAGCUUCAGUUCUUGUCUUGACCCAUUGAACUCUGACUUAAACCACAAUCCUCUUAGCUCCAGCACUACACACUUUGUUUCAGGUGUUUCUGGUUUGAAGGCUUCCAUGGAACCGACCCCAAAUCCACUCAAUGGAUUGUCCUCCACCAUCACUUUGAGCUCUGAUGUGGAUGAUUGUGUGGAACCAUUACAGAACAUUCAGGUUGGGUUAAAACCUAAACCCCUACCAGAUCCCCCAGCCUCUUGCCUCAAGAUUAGACCUGAAGGUGUUUUUGUAAAUCACAAUGAGCCGCGGUCUACUUCUCGAGUGGGCCUCCGUGUAACCUUUAAACUUCCAGAAGAUGAAGAUGAGGAAAUCACAGAUGAGAAAUCAGUUUCGCCCAACAAAGAACCACCACCAGUGCUGACUAAGCCAAAAUUAGAUCCAAAGCAGAUUCAGAUCCUCCAAAACCAGGUGCUUCUGGAACAGCAGCAGGAGAAUAUUUCCCCAAGCCAGGAGUCCCCACAUUUAGACAAAACAUGCUCUGAACAACAGUCUGUCACAACAAUUCACCCUCCUGCAAAUUCAGUGGCAUCACAACUAAGAACACCUUCUCACGUAAUGAACUCUGGUCCAAUUCCACAGCUGAUCACUACACCUGUACCUUUACUACCAGCAGCACCUGCUCCUAAACUAAAACCUACACCUGUAUCCCAACUGAGCAUGGCUUUGCCUAAUUCCAUACCCUUUCCUCAGCUCAGUCCAUCAGCCCCAAGAUUACAUAGCAACCCACCAAUACCUCAACAAACUCUGGUCCCUACUACUUUGUUAAAUACUCUUACACCAAGUGUGGUUCCCUCUACCCUAGUAACCCAAUCAACUGUAGCACCCACCACCCAUCUUCUGAAUAUGGGGUCAAUCUGGCCAACGCCCCAACUCAAUGUGGCUCCAGUGGCAAAUGUAACCCCUAUGCCAAGUGUGAUGCCAACCACUCCAAUAACUCUAUCCGUUGCAGCUCCCAACAUCCCUAUGCCUAAACCACAUGUAGGACCUACCAUGCCCUUGCCUCAACUCACCAUUGCUUCAACCACCCAACCAAACACCAACCAUAUGGCUAGUAUGCCCCAAAUUACUCCCUCUACUCGUGUAUCGCAAAUAAACAUGACUCCUACCCUGCAGAUGAACUCCAUUCCCAUUAGUGAAAUAAAUACGACUGUUGCCAAAACACAUCCACUGGUUACACCUGAUACCACAACUGUUAGAAACACUGCAGCCAAGUUAAACACCACCCCAAUUACUCGUACCUGUAUGGCCCCACAAUUAAUACAAGACAUUCAUUCUCAAAGUGUGUCCUAUGCACCUCUGAGUAAUGUCUUCUUACCCCAUCUGAUGACUAAUCCACUUGCGCCCACCCUGAGUCCAAUGUCUCCACCACCAUUGAACACUACCCAGCCUCCACUGCUGGGUAUAAUUCCACUCUCCACCCAGAGCUUUAGCUACACUAGGCCAAAGGAAUUUAUUGCUGCCCAGACUCUCUCUCCUAUCAGAAGUCCUUCUCCAACCGAGUCACCGGUCCCAAUGCUCCAAGAAUUGGCUUCUCAGAUAUUCCCAAAGUCAACACGCAAGCUCAUGUCCCCUGUCAACCAGUUUGUCCCGUCCCCAAAAAAGUUCCCCACAAGGAUUCUGACAUCUCCAAACAGCUCUCCAUAUGUGUCCUCACCUCCUCUCCUGCCUCCAAGCCUGGUGAAUUCAGCGUUGGCUUUUAGAACCCAGUCACCACCACAGGCCUCUUCACCAACCUCAAGCAGCUCCACGCCCAGCCCAAACCAAAACCCAGUAGCCUUUCUGAGCUCUGUCCUACCUUCACUGCCAACAUCUCCUCCAACCAAUGCCAUGGGGCUGCCUAAGAGGGCCCCUCCUGGGCCUCAAGGCAUAGUGAAGAAGUAUCAAAGAGGUCCCAGGCCCAUGUCAGAUGACGACAUCCGAUACAGCAGGGAAAUCCUCUUACAAAAUAUUGAGAAGAAGCUACAAAAUGUACCACUUCAUUUUGCACAGCAGAAGAAGAGUUAUGGGGGGGAUGUGAGGAGUCCUCUCGGACCAAACAUUCCCAUCGCAACUGUCAUUAACUAUCAUGAGGAAUACAAGGUGUCAAGCUUUGAGCAGAGGUUGAUGAGUGAGAUCGAGUUUCGUUUGGAAAGAACUCCAGUUGAAGAAUCUGACGAUGAAGUUCAACAUGAUGAAAUUCCCACAGGAAAAUGCAUCGCUCCUAUAUUUGACAGGAAACUGAAACACUUCAGAGCUACGGAAGGCAUUCCUGUCACAUUUACCUGUAAAGUUGUUGGAAUUCCAAUACCUAAGGUCUACUGGUUUAAGGAUGGAAAACAGAUAUUGAAGAAGAACGAUCACUAUAAGAAAAUCAGAGAGGGUGACGGCAUGUGUUCUUUACACAUAGAAGCCGCUACAAGCGACGAUGAUGGGAAUUACACUGUCAUGGCAGCAAAUCCACAGGGCCGGAUAAGUUGUUCUGGACAUUUGAUCAUCCAGACGGGUCCCAUGCGAAACCGCCCCAUGGUGCACGCACAGAGAGUGCGAGCGCGUGUGCAGGAGGUUGAGGGGGAGCCCGUUCAAGAGCGAUUCUUUCGUCCACACUUUCUUCAGGCUUCAGGAGACAUGUUUGCGCACGAGGGUCAACUCUGUCGGUUAGACUGCAAGGUGAGUGGAUUACCCCAUCCUGAAAUCAUGUGGCUUUUGAACGGGAAGCCAAUAUAUACAGAUGUAACUCAUCGGAUGCUAGUGAGAGAGAAUGGGGUUCAUUCUCUAGUGAUUGACCCGCUGACUCAAGCCGAUGAUGGCACGUACACCUGCAUCGCCUCAAAUAAAGCUGGACAGAGCUCAUUCUGCCUUGAGCUCAAAGUCGUGGAGAAAGAGAUGAAGCAGGCUCCCCAUUUUGUGGAAAAGCUGCAGAAUACGGGCAUCGCAGAGGGCGCUCCGGUCCGUUUAGAGUGCCGAGUCGUGGGAAUGCCACAGCCGGUCAUUUACUGGAAGAAAGACAACGACACAAUCCCUCACUUAAAGGACAGAAUCAGCAUGCAUCAAGACACUACAGGAUAUGUUUGUUUGCUGAUUCAAGCAACCAGAAAAGAGGACGCUGGCUGGUACACGGUGUCUGCAAAAAAUGAAGCCGGUAUCAUAUCAUGCACAGCCAGAUUAGACAUUUAUGCUCAGUGGCAUCAACAAGUCCAUCCACCCAUGAGGAAAACACAACUCGCAGGAAGUCGCUACGCAGAUGUCACCGGUCUGGGUAUAAGAUCCGCCUUUCCCACAAGUGUCAACGGCCCCGUCAUAUUUACAACCCCUCUGUCCAAACCUGCAACAGAGAGUGAAGAACUGUAAAAUCACAAAAAUACUGUAUGUUUACUAAUUGGCAUAUACUGAAAUGGCAGAUAAUGGAACAUCAUAUGCAAAGUAUUGUUCGAUAAGUGCAUCUCUUUUCCUCCCUGCAUUAUUUUGAAUAUUUACAAUAUUUGCACAUGCAUGUUCAUUUGCUAGCCACUGAAAUUGUGCCAUCUUGAGGUAUUGGGCAUAAUACAGGUGAAACUCGAAAAAUUUGAAUA